AUGCAGCCCCUAUACAUCAUGCUCGUGGCUUCAUCCCUAGCACGUGUCGACAGUGCCACGGAAGCCGCAAGCUCAAACGCUGUAGCCCACCAUUACCUAGCAACUGUCCACUCACUUGCCGGUAAUGAGGACACUAUCCUGCCCGAGAAGUUGCUGAAGUCAAACGGAACCGCGGCGGACGACGGAGUGAGGACGAUUGGGGGUGCUGACACCGUGGCGCAAAAGAUGAUGGCACUUUGGCCAAAGAUGCAAGGAAAGAGUUGGAGCGGCUCGUUCAGCAAAUUAUCGAAGGACGUACCUGCCACUCAAGACGGUGUCAUUGCCAUCCUGGAACACGCAAAGAUGAAGAAUCUGGUGCGCCUCUACCCGAACAAAGACCUGAUCACGGAAUUUGUGACUAUGCUUGAACACGAUCAUCUGGCGCUGGCGCUGGCGCUUGCUCGUGCAAAAACAUCGCCCAAUACGGAUGUCAAGGAAAUUGCAGAACUCUUGUCGAAACAGCAUUUUGAGCUCUUGCGUAAAGACGUAAAAACUAACGCUGGCAUGUUCGAGUGCUUGGAACUCGACAAAACAAAGGCGGAAGAAUAUCUCAAUUUUGACCUGAAGAUAAGCGCCUUAGAAGGCUUCAUCGCGUCCCGUCGAGCAGAAGCCGUGACCGAUAAGGGCAAACUGAAGAUCAGAGCCUCGGGCGAUACCAUCGCGUCCCGCCAAACAGAAACGACGACCGAGAAGGACGAACUGAUAGAGACCUUGACGGAAGGUUUUGGUGGCUUGAACGAAUUGUUACGCGUCAUAGAUGGCGCGAGACUGUCGGGGAAUAUGAACGCGCUGUCGACGGCGAGACGUCUGUCGCAAAAAAUGCAUGUUGAUUGGGAUAAUCGUAUGAUAUCACCAGCGGAUGUUGUGGUCUUGUUGAAGCUAAUAGAUGGACCGAUAGCUUGGACAGGUGAGAAGCUGAGCACUCUUUCAGCGUACAUUUCAUACAAAUCAGACGUUUUGCACGCCACGACGCAGCAUUUGUUCGAUGUACUAUACGAAGGGUUUGAAAAAUUCUUUCGAAGUGACAAAGAACUAGCUGCCAUGCUGGUACGGAUGAUGCCGACGUCAACAGAUCUACUACGUCUGCUUUUCGCCCGUUGGAUGAAGAUUGACAAGUUCACCCCGGACAAUGUGUUUGGCAAGCGUUUACAAAAACUAGAUCGCGAGGACGCAGAUCAGCUGCAGAAGAAGUUUGGUAAAUUUUAUGAAGCAGAACUUGCAAAGAAAGAAAAACCUAUGCCGACUGGUCAGUUACAAGCGCGUAAGAUGUAUCAACACACGCCUGUUGGGUAG